UGCACUUCCUUUUCCGGUUGGAUCGCCUAGAGUAUGACUCAAAAGCGGCGGAAUAACGGUCGCAACAAAAAAGGCCGUGGCCAUGUGCAGGCCGUAAGGUGCACAAACUGCGCGAGAUGUGUCCCUAAGGAUAAGGCCAUCAAGAAGUUUGUCAUCCGCAACAUUGUGGAGGCUGCUGCUGUUAGAGAUAUAUCUGACGCCAGUGUAUAUGAUGUGUAUGCCCUGCCCAAGCUGUAUGCUAAACUUCUAUACUGUGUCUCCUGCGCAAUCCACUCCAAGGUUGUACGUAACAGGUCACGAGAAGCCCGUAAAGACAGAACUCCACCAAUAAGAUUUAGGCCAAUCAGGGAUGGAGCCCCCAGACCAGGACAGCAGCAGGGAGGUGGUGGCGGCGGCGGAGGUGGAGCGGCCCGCUCUAGCUAGAUCGAGCCACCUCUUGUUUAUUGUAUAAUUUACAUUAAAAAAACUGUCCAAGA